CUGUGGGACCUGUUCAGAAAGCCCCCCUCCCUCCUGUCCCCUCCCAGAGGAUUUAAUGUCCCUGAGCGCCCCAGAACUGGACCAGACGAGCAGGUGGAACUCUGACCAUGAAGCUGGCUUUGGCCCCUGCUUUGGUGUUGACACUUGCUUUUGUGUCACCUGUGCGCGUUCAGCAGCCUGUGAACUGCAGAUGGGGUUCAUAUGGAAGCUGGUCUGAGUGUGAUGGCUGCACCAACACAAAGGUGCGAAUGCGCCAUGUUGCGGUGUUUGCUCAGUUUGAUGGGAGACCAUGUUCGGGAGAAGCCAUUGAAAGACAGCAAUGCAACUCACAGAAAGGUUGUCCCCUGGAAAUGGGCUGUGGAGACAGAUUUCGCUGCACCUCCGGUAGGUGCAUAAGCCAAUCACUAGUGUGCAAUGGAGACCAGGACUGUGAGGAUGGCCUGGAUGAGAGAAGCUGUAGAUAUGACAUCAGCCACUAUUCGUGCGAUAUACAUAAACCUCCGCCCAACUUCGACUUUGCAGGCAGAGGGUACGAUGUGCUGACCGAAACCUUCAAAGCAGGAGUCAUUAAUACUCUGAGUUUUGGGGGCCAGUGCAGGAAGGUCUUCAGUGGGGACCACAUGGUGACCUACAGACUGCCGCAGAACUUCCUCAGGUACAAGUUUGAGGUUCAAGUUGAAAAUGAAGAGAGUGACAAGUCAUAUGAGAGCUCCUGGUCCUACAUGCAGGACGUCCAGUCCAAUGCCCUGAUCGGGCACGAGCGCCGCAGCUUCCACAAAGAGCUCAGUGACAGCAAGGCCUACCGAAUUAUAAUCUUGAAGAAUAAAGUGGCGCUGGCCCAGUUUCAGAACACUGCACCUGAAUAUCUGCCCCUCUCUGAAAGCUUCUGGAAGGACUUGUCCUCUCUGCCCCUUACAUUCGACUACUCCGCCUACCGGCAGCUGCUGCAGACCUACGGCACCCACUACCUGUCAGAGGGGGUUCUAGGAGGAGAGUACCAGGGACUGUUGGAGCUGGACCAGCACGCUUUCACUUCAACCAGUACGACAGCUAUAGACUACCAGAGGUGCUGGAGAAAAGUGAAGCGCUUCCUUUUCUUUAAGAAGGUCAAAACUGUCUGUGAAAAGCUGAAGAAAACUCUGUCAUCCAGCUCCAAGAACAGUGGAAACAAGCUGUGCAUUAAGGUAAAGACGUUUGGAGGAGAUCCGUCCUUCAUAAAUGUUCUCGCUGAACUGAACCUGGAGACUCCAGAAGUCAACGGAGAGACCUACAACAACUGGGCAUCUUCUGUAAAAGACUUUCCUGACGUCAUAGAUCAGAAGCUGCGGCCUCUGCACGAGCUGGUGAAGGAGGUGCAUUGUGCAGGUUUGAAGAAGCACCACCUGAAAAGGGCGACAGAGGAAUACCUUGCUGAGCAGCACCCCUGUCACUGCCGCCCCUGCCAGAACAAUGGCUGGCCGCUGUUGACCGGUAGCGUGUGCAGCUGUAUUUGCCGGCCUGGAACCUCAGGACCUGCCUGCCAGACGGGGAGCGUGAUCGGAGAGCAACCAGGUGUCAUCCAUGGCAGCUGGUGCUGCUGGUCAUCCUGGAGUUCGUGUUCUGCAGGUCAAAGAUCAAGGACUCGAAAUUGCAACAACCCCGCCCCCCGCAAUGAGGGCCAAAGCUGUAUUGGGCUGGCAGCGGAGCAGAAGUCCUGUGAGGAGGACGGCAUCCCUCAUUUAAAAAUGAUGGCACCUCAGUGCUUCGGUCUUUCCAUUCCCCCACCAAAAACUUGCGGGCCUCCUCCAGGUCUCAGGAAUGGAUUUGCUAUGAAUCCUAAAGAUUUGUAUUUAGUUGGUCAGAAAGUGGAGUACUCCUGCAUUGAGGGAUUUUACCUGAGCGGAGACGCUGUGGCCACUUGUGAAGAUGAUCAGAUGUGGAGGACUGAGGCAAAGCUUUGUAAAAGUUCCACAUGUGGGACUCCUCCAGUCAAAGGUCUGGUGAUAGCCAAGCCCUCAAAGGUAGUCUACCAAAUAGGUGAGAGUGUGUCUCUGUCCUGUCCGGAGGGGUGGGUGCUGGGAAGUGAGGAGUCUACCAUCAUGUGCAGCCCCAGUCUGCAGUGGUCUCCUUCUUCUGAGGACGUCCACUGUGAAGCAGUGCCCCCUCUUCUCGCUCCCCCUGACAUUCCAAAGUGUAAAGUAUGGGAGAACGAAGGAGAACAUGGAUGUGUUUGUAAAAUGACCUUUCAGUGCCUAACUUCUUUGAUGUUGUGUGCCAAACUUGGCUCCAGACACAUGUUGCUAGGACUCUGUAAGCUUGGAGCUCUGCAGUGUUUGGGGAGGAACUUCACUCUUGUUAGAGACGAAGAAUGUGAUUGGCCGGAGGAGACAUUCACUUCCUGUGAAAACUGCCAGCCAGGGACAGUCUGUCAGGAAGGAAGAUGUUUGUGCCAGGAGGCAUCAGAUUGCCCUGCAGACUCCACACCCAUGUGUGUCAGCUCCGGCAAAGAUGCCACCCCAGUGACCAUGACUGAGUGUGAGGUGGGGGCCAAGCGCUGUGGUGCAGAGCGUCUUCACGUUGUAGACAUCAAUGCUUGUCCAGCAUGAGAUCUUUGGAUCAUAUCAGCUGUGUUUUUGUGUUUGUCUGUGACAUUGUGCAUUGAAAAGAAAUCAUAUUUGAAAUGUUGGAUUUUUCUAGACUUUCUUGAUAACCUGCUUUUUUUUAAUCUGUUGUUUUCUAGAGUCACAUUGAUGUUUUCUGUUCUUUUUUAUUCUUAAAUAAGAUAAUAAAAAGUUAUGAGUGCCUUAA